AUGAAUCAAUUUGCCAUAAUAACGCGAAAUUUCUCAAGAUCUUCGGCUGUACAGAGUGCUAUUAAAAAUGUUACUGUUAUUGGCGGAGGGCUUAUGGGUUCGGGAAUUGCUCAGGUAGCGGCACAAGCUGGUCAAAAUGUAACCUUAGUGGACGAUGGUGAGAAGUUUGUUGCUGAGGCCAUUGCUAGAAUAAAAACCAACACAGAUCCUGCUGCAGCCAGCCAAGAAGCUGAUUUGAUUGUGGAGGCGAUCGUUGAAAACAUGGACGUAAAACACCAGUUGUUCAAAAAGCUUGAUGCGGUGGCUCCUGGUCAUACAAUCUUUGCCUCAAACACAUCCUCCCUCUCUAUCAAUGAGAUCUCUUCAGUUGUUAAAGAGGACAGACAAAAUAAUGAUGGUAUACUUAGACACAAGGAUUUAAACAGUCAUCUGUCUACAUACUCAUUAUAUUUGCAUUUAUUUGGUGGUCUGCACUUCUUCAAUCCCGUGCCGGUGAUGCGUCUUCUUGAAGUGGUCCGUGGAGAUAAAACAUCUGAUGACACUUACAACACAAUGAUGGAGUGGGGCAAGUCAGUCGGCAAGACAUGCAUCACCUGCAAAGAUACUCCUGGAUUUGUAGUCAAUAGACUACUAGUGCCGUAUAUUGCUGAGGCGAUUCGGUUGUUUGAGAGAGGUGAUGCGUCAGCUCGUGAUAUUGAUGUAGCCAUGAAGUUAGGUGCUGGUUAUCCGAUGGGACCUUUGGAAUUAGCUGACUACGUAGGUCUAGACACUAAUAAGUUCAUCUUAGAUGGCUGGCAUAGUAAAUACCCUGAAGAACCCUUAUUCAAACCCAUCCCUCUCCUAAACAAGCUGGUUUCCGAAGGAAAGCUUGGAGUCAAGAGCGGAGAAGGCUUCUACAAGUAUGAGAAGAAAUGA